UUUUACCAUUUUAGGACAAUGCACAGAACAACAAAAAUCAAGGUGACUGAGCUGAAUCCACAUUUGAUGUGUGUCUUGUGCGGUGGAUAUUUUAUCGACGCAACCACCAUUGUGGAGUGUUUGCACUCAUUCUGUAAAAUGUGCAUUGUUUGUUAUCUGGGGACCAGAAAAUUCUGUCCAAUUUGUGAUGUCCAGGUUCACAAAACGAAACCCCUUUUGAAUAUUAAGUCUGACAAGAUCCUUCAAGAUAUUGUUUACAGGUUGGUACCUGGGCUUUUCAAAGAUGAAAUGAAACGAAGGAGGGAUUUCUAUGCUGCACGUCCUUUUCAUCCUCCUCUUCCUGCUGGAAGUGGAUCAAAUGAAGAGCGAGGGGAGGUGGCAGAUGAAGCAAAGAGAAUAGUAGCCGACGAUGAGAUUAUCAGCCUGUCCAUCGAAUUCUCUCAGAGCAAGUUGGUAAUGGAGGACGGUGAAGUCAAGGUUAUGAAGACAGGGAUGAUUGACAAGCGAUACUUGCAAUGUCCAGCAGCCAUAACCAUAAUGCAUCUGAAGAAAUUCCUUCGAAGUAGAAUGGAUAUUCCAUGCACCUAUCAGAUAGAAGUUAUGUAUGAAGAUGAACCAUUGAAGGAUUACUACACAUUAAUGGACAUUGCACACAUCUACACCUGGAGAAGGAAAGGUCCCUUGGCAUUAAAAUACCGGGUACGAACAGGCUGCAAGAAGAUGAAGUUGAGCAGCCCAAGAAACGGGACCAAAACCACACAGCAUGCUGGAGGAGUAUGCUAUGACUCUGGGACUGGGGGUGACAAGCAUCUGAACAAUGACCCCGAAGCUCCCUCCACCUCAUCCUCCUCUCUGCCCAGUCCGAGCCACAGAAUUGUCCACUCAUCAUCAUCGCUUACCCACCUCUCCCGCAUUGGCACCUCAACAAACGGUAUCUUAACAAAAGCGGGUCCAAAUCGACUUUCCCGGACAUUCACGCCAACAUAGACUGUAGAUACUUUUAUUAUUGUUUGAAACAUUUGCCAUUUUUAUAUAAUCCUAUGUGGACAAUGUAUUUGUUCAUUUGUCUAAGAAAGACUGCUGUGGAAAGACUUAUUGAAUUUGCUCAAUGGCAUCUGCAGAUCGGAUUUAAAAUGGCUAGCCCAGUAAUGUGCCAUGUGGUUUGGAAUGUGAGAAAAAAAAAAAAAAGUUUAUUUCACACCUGGACAUUCCAAUGAUUCCCAUAACUGAAUUGCCAAAUACUGUAGUUGAUUGAAAUGGAAAUGUGGUUUUGGCUUCGUCAACUUCAUUUGUCAACACACAAAACAUGUUUUGGACUAUUGCCCUCUGCAUACAUGUA